AUGUUCCGUCAAGAGGUGUUACAAAAAGCCCUGGCCAUUUCUAAUCUCACCUUAGACCGCCCAGGAACAUCACAUCCGACUGUCACGAUGUUCCCAGCAGUACCUCCUAUUCAAACAAUUACCAGCCCGUCAAAUAUUCAGCAAUUGGAUUUGGUAGAGGAACCUGCAUCUCAGCAAACUAUACAGACUCAAGACUGUGUUUAUUCUUUAAUAAAUUUAUAACAACUUACAUUACUUGUUUAUUUAUGGUGCGUGUAAGGGAUUUUGAUAUACAGUGUGUUAUGGGCCUGUGCGUUACAUUGCUCGAAGAAAAGCCUGCACGCCAGUAGCACAUGUUAUUACUUAUUAAGGAAAAAACUAAGUACUUACCUUAAAGUUACGGCUAAUCUUUCAAUAGGUUGGAUAGGAACACGAAACAUAUUGCAAUGUUUCAAAUUAUCUUGUAACCUUGCUUGUAGUUCGUCGAAACUUCUGAUGGACAUCUU